AUGGACACGCCUCCAUGUAGCGACCGGACCCAGAGACCAACUUCUGUCGCACCUCCCCCUACGGCCGAGGACGAUCUUAUCUAUAUAAAUCCCCGUCGCAAAUACAAACGAAGAGGUACAGGUUCCGUAUCUGAGUCCAAAGGCGACGGCUCAUCAGAAGAUGAGGCAGGCUCCUCCAUGUCAGACGCAGAAGAACACGAACUCGGGGCUCUUGACUCUGACGCCGAUCUGGACCUUGAAGACGACGAAGAAGCGGGUCUAAAUAAACAUGCGAGGCGGAAAUAUCUGAGGCGGAAGCGGAGGCGUGAUGGUCUUGACUCCCGCAUUGCAGGAACUUCUGGUCUGUCCAAGGAUGAAGCCAGGCAGGCAGACCAAAAUGUCAUGCGCAACCUCCUCACAAAUGCAGCCCUGAUCGGCGGGUGGUAUUUUUUCUCUCUAUCAAUAUCCAUUUAUAACAAAUUCAUGUUUUCUUCCGAACACCUCGACUUCCACUUCCCUCUCUUCGCGACAUCUUUACACAUGAUCGUUCAGUUCUGCCUCGCUUCAGCCAUUCUCCUAAUAUUUCCUUCAUUACGACCAUCUCAACCACAACCGCACUCAUUUCGACACGCACCACACCCUCCGAAACCGCUGGUGACACCACUGUUCUAUUUUACCCGACUGGUGCCUACUGGCACCACCACAUCCCUCGACAUUGGUCUAGGAAACACUUCUCUCCGCUACAUCACCCUCACGUUCUACACCAUGUGUAAAUCCAGCGUUCUGAUCUUUGUCCUUACGUUUGCCUUCCUUUUCCGCCUAGAGAAGCCUUCCGUCAAGCUGAUCCUUAUUAUUCUAACCAUGACUCUCGGUGUUCUGAUGAUGGUCGCUGGCGAGACCGCCUUCCACGCUCUGGGUUUUGCGUUGGCCAUGUCUGCUUCCUUCUUUUCUGGUUUUCGCUGGGCAUUGACACAGAUCCUCCUCCUCCAACAUCCAGCCACUUCCAACCCCUUCGCAACGCUUUUCUUCCUCGCUCCGAUUAUGUUCGUCACCCUUUUCACCAUCGCAUGUUUCUCUGAAACACCGUCUGCUGUCAUUGCCGGCAUUCAGAUCCUCAUCUCGACUCAUGGCAUCGGCACAGCUGUGGGCCUCUUGAUCGUUCCAGGGUGUCUAGCGUUCUGUAUGAUCGCCUCUGAAUUCACCUUGCUUCAACGCACCAGUGUUGUAACAUUGAGCAUCUGUGGCAUCUUCAAGGAAGUUGUAACUAUCAGUGCAGCUGGUAUCAUCUUCCAUGAUGAAUUGAGUCUUAUCAACAUCAGCGGUUUGCUCGUAACAAUCAUCAGUAUCGCUUGCUACAAUUAUCUGAAAGUUGUCAAGAUGCGAGAGGACGCCAGGGAAAAGGUUAGAAAGAGAGAUGAAGAGAUUGAGGACAAUGGGGCCUUUGAAGGUGUCUACGAUGUCGACGACUCCACUAGCCGCCAUCCGGCGGCGAAUGUACCUGAAGAGUCGAUCUCUCUAAUGGAUAACCAAGGCGACAGAUUAGACGGCCGAGGAAACAUUGGACACGGCAUUGGCGCUGGGUCCGGUUCCGGAUUUGGUACGGUUGCAGAUUCGAUGGUGGGUGAUGUUCUUGGAUCUGGAGCUCCCGGGAAGAAGCGUGAUGAUUAG